AUGUCGACGAUUGUGGCACAGCCUGGGUCCCGCCAGAGAUGGGCGGACAUGGUCGACAGCCAGAGUCAGGAGUCUUUGGGCGAGAUUCAGACUCAGCCUCCUCCUCCGAUCCAUCAAGACUCCUACCAGGAGAGCCAGGCCUCACAGGUUUGCAGCCAGGGUGGCAUUUGCGAUCUCCUGCAGAGCAAGGCCGAGAUCGAGGACACGCAAGAAGCACCGCCCACGCGCCUGACUCGGCGGAAGCAUUUGCAGGAGGACGCUGAUGGCAGUGAUGAUGAGAUGACACUUCCACGCGGACAAAAGCGUGAAAACAAGGCCAUGGAAACCACCGGCUCAUCUUCAGCUGCUGCACCGGCCACAAAGCGCCAGAGAUCCUUCCCGCAGGAGGAGGUCCGCCCUGCACCUGGCGACGCAGUGGUCCACCCUGCCACGACGGCACCAGAGGCCAUGGAUGACCACGGAACGGACGACGCCGCAUCCACGGGAGACGAUGCGGUGGCUGCGCGCAUGCGGAAGCGCUAUCGGCUCAUCCAGGUGCACAAGAGCCGAGACGACUACCAGUUGUUCAACGCCGCACGACCUCGUGAUGUGCGCACUGAGGACGAGCCGCACACACCAGACCCCACGGCCCACCCGUCGAAGCGCCAGUGGGAGUCAGUUGUGCAGAAGUGGCGCGAGGGGUUGCGCGAGCAGCUUGGCAUGCUCGUGAGGGGCUGUUGGGACUUCCAUCGGCCGGAGUUCGUCGGUGUAGCCGGAGUGAGGUGGAGCGGCGGCUUGAGCCUACCUGCUGAGGUGGAAAGGUGGAACAUGGGCAUGGUGGAGGACCUCUUCUUUAGCCGAACUAGGAUCAUCCACCUGAGUGAUGCCGAUGGAAAUGAUGAGCUGGACUUCCAAGAAUUCUUGCACGUGAUGUCCACUCAUGAGCUUACUCACACCAAGGCCCUGCGUUCAGCGUUCCAGAAGAAUGCUGGGCUUGGAGGAACCACCUGUUCGCGUGAAGAGGUGUCCAACCUCUUGCAGAAGUUGGGCUACUUCCCAGGCGAGGAGGAGCUGGACGGGAUUUUCACCUCAGAUGCGAACGGUGUGGAGGACUUUGACUUCAACUUGACCCGUGUGGUCACGACCAGCUGCCGGCGGCAUUUGGCCAAGGUGGCCAGAUGCAAUGCCUAUUUUCCUGAAGUUCAUUUGCAAAUUCUGGAGAAGAUGUUCCAGGAACAGCUCUUAAGCUCUGGCUCGCGAUUGGAACGAGGAGGUAUGAUUUGCUUGCUGCAGGGCUUUGGUGUGCCCAUGAACACCUUGCAGGAGCGAGAUGCCAUUCUUGCCUUGGUCGACCCAGCAAGGCGUUCAGCCCAAGUGGCCGGUGCUGAUCACGGAGAGUUUGGCAGCCACAUGCUGACCUUCCCGGUGCUGCUUCAUUUGUUGCGGAAAAUUGCCUCGAAUGGUCAGAUGCAAGUCAUGGCGAGGGAGUUAAAGGCCAUGAAAGAUGCAAAGGUUUCACACGCAGAAGUGGUGGAGUUCCGGCAGGUCUUCAAUCAGCUUGCGAUCGAAGCAAAGCUGGAGAAGUCACCGCCUAAGCUUCAAGCGCUGCAGGCUGCGGCGGCGGCAUCGCCUGGGGGACGUCGGCGGUCCAUGCCAGAUCUCAGUGCUAUGAUGGCGGCCAACCCAGCCUUCAGCGGCAUUGAUGCAGAUCCCAAUUUUCAAGCGCUCAAGGCUUCUCUCUUCAUCAAUGGCAAUGCCCUUUGUAUUUCUGUGACCGCUCUCAUCGGGAUGCUCCGCUCCUUGGGCGUGCGCAUUAGCGAGAAGCAGCUGUUGGAAUUGACCAACAAGGUUCGCCAGCUGGCGGAGGAAGAGGAUUUGGCAGUGGAUCUCACGCAGGGCGUGGAUUUCGCUGCCUUCUUGCGUGUGAUCAGGUGGAUGCUGGACGUGAACUUUGGCGACAUCAACACUCGUGCCGCAUCAAAGGCAAGAACCAAGGCGCCACUGCGUGCCCGAAGUCACCACGCCCUCCCUGAUACCUCGGAAGAUCCGCCUCCAACAAGGACGCAGCGACGACGUGCAUCCGCCUUUUGA